AUGGCAUUCUUGUUGUUGCUUCUUCUGUGUUUUCUUCUGGAGUCUGCAUCUUCAUUCCCUUCAUUUUCUCAUCCUGACAAAAUUACCCAGCUUCCUGGACAGCCACAAGUUGGGUUCCAACAGUUUUCAGGUUAUGUUACUGUUGAUGACAAGAAAGGAAAAGCUCUCUUUUAUUACUUUGUUGAGGCAGAGAUAGAUUGUGUUUCAAAACCUUUGGUCUUGUGGUUGAAUGGCGGACCUGGUUGCUCUUCUCUUGGGGUAGGUGCAUUUUCUGAAAAUGGACCUUUUAGACCAAAUGGGCAAGUUCUUGUGAGGAAUGAAUAUAGCUGGAAUAGAGAGGCAAAUAUGUUGUAUUUGGAGACACCUGUUGGGGUGGGAUUCUCUUAUUCAACUGAUCCUUCCGGCUAUGAUGCUGUUAGUGAUGCAAUAACUGCUAGGGACAAUCUUGUGUUCUUGCAGCGUUGGUUCCUCAAAUUCCCACAGUAUAGGAGCAGAGAUUUAUUUAUCACUGGAGAAAGUUAUGCAGGCCACUAUAUACCCCAGCUUGCCGAGCUCAUGAUUCAAUUCAACAAAAAGGAAAAGCUGUUCAAUUUGAAAGGAAUUGCUCUGGGGAAUCCAGUUCUUGAAUAUGCCACAGACUUGAACUCAAGAGCUGAGUACUUCUGGUCUCAUGGACUAAUAUCAGAUUCAACUUACAGAUUGUUCACUUCCUUCUGCAACUACUCUCGAUAUGUGAGUGAGUACUACAGAGAUUCUGUUUCACCAAUUUGCUCAAAGGUCAUGAACCAAGUCACUAGAGAAACCAGCAGAUUCGUGGAUAAGUACGAUGUCACGCUUGAUGUUUGCAUUUCAUCGGUCCUCUCCCAAUCCAAGAUCAUUAAUCCAAAACCACAACAAAGUGCAGAGAAUAUCGAUGUUUGUAUAGAAGAUGAAACUGUCAGUUACUUAAACCGGCUAGACGUGCAGAGGGCGUUUCAUGCAAAGCUCGUAGGAGUGCGAAAAUGGCUUGUUUGCAGCGAGAUUUUGGAUUAUGAGGUGCUUAACUUGGAGCUUCCUACAAUCUCCAUCGUGGGCUCACUUGUCAAGGAAGGAAUCACAGUAUUGGUGUAUAGUGGUGAUCAGGAUUCUGUGAUUCCACUCACUGGAAGCCGGAAGUUAGUCAAUGGAUUGGCAAAACAACUCGGGUUGAAUGCAACCACGCCGUAUAGAGUUUGGUUUGCAGGCCAGCAGGUUGGUGGAUGGACUCAAGUAUAUGGGAAUGUACUCUCAUUUGCCACCAUUAGAGGUGCUUCUCAUGAAGCUCCAUUUUCGCAGCCGGAGAGAUCCCUGGUGCUAUUUCAAUCAUUCUUGCAAGGCAGGCCUCUGCCAGAAAUGUUCUGA